AGCUCAGCAUAGCGCCUCCGCCACCACCCUGCUGCUGCUUUCCCGCCUCACGCCGCGCACAUGAUCACAGGCUUUCCCGCGAGGUCAGAGGCUGCUGACAUGACGUCACUUCCCGCGCGGGGGCCGCCGGGAAGCCGAGCCGCCCGCCCUUUACCCAGAGACAUCGCCAGACGGGAGGAGGAGGCCGCGGGCAGCCAGUCUCGCUGUGGCCGACUACCUGGUUAGGUAUGGAAGCUGAAGAGACGAUGGGCUGCAUACAGGAAUUCCCGGACCACUAUAAAGUUAUGAUGGACAGAUUAAACGAGCAGCGUGAACUUGAUCAGUUUACGGACAUCACUUUAAUUGUGGACGGUCACCAGUUCAAGGCCCACAAAGCCGUCCUGGCUGCCUGCAGCCAUUUCUUCUACAAAUUCUUUCAGGAUUUCACUGAGGAGCCCUUGGUGGAAAUAGAAGGUGUAAGUAAUGUGGCCUUCCGGCAUCUGAUAGAAUUCACGUACACUGCGAAACUGAUGUUACAAGGUGAGGAGGAGGCCAGCGAUAUCUAUAAGGCAGCCGAGUACCUGCAGAUGCAUGAGGCCAUUAAAGCACUUGAGUUCAGGAGCAAAGAGGACAUAUUAAUUGAAGAUAAACUUGAAGAGGAAGAAAAUGUAAAAAAGUGGAAGAUUUCCGAUACCCACAGCGUGAUCUCUGAGACUAUGCCCUGUUCAGAGGGCGAACCAGUGGAAAUUGAAGUUGAAAUAGCGGAAGGAACAAUUGAGUUGGAAGACAACAUGGAGACACUCGAAGCCGUGGCUUCGCACGAACAGUCUGUGAAAUACAUCCAGAGUACUGGCACAUCCGACGACUCUGCCCUUGCCCUUCUGGCAGACAUUACCAGUAAAUACCGACAAGGUGAAAGGAAAAGGCAGCUGCAAGAAGACAGCUCCAAUGAAAGCGAUGCUGCUGGCAAACAGGUAGAAGGCAUUGAAAUUAUGGAAGUCCAUCUGUCACAUGUCAACAACAUGUUCCAUUGUCAGAAAUGUAAUCGUUCAUUUAAAUUGUUUUACCAUUUAAAGGAACACAUGAAAUCACACACUGCUGACAAUUUUAAGUGUGAAAUAUGCAAUAAAAGUUACGUGCGUGAGAUUGCUUGGAAACAGCACCUAACUUGCUACCAUCUAGAGGAAAGCGGAGCCAGCAAAAGGCCGAGACCGGGCAAAAAAAUCCACGUUUGCCAGUACUGCGAUAAACAAUUUGAUCACUUUGGACAUUUUAAAGAGCACCUGCGGAAGCAUACAGGUGAAAAACCGUUUGAAUGUCCGAACUGUCACGAGCAUUUUGCUAGGAAUAGUACUCUGAAAUGUCAUUUAUCAGCCUGUCAGUAUGGUGUUGGUGCGAAGAAGGGGAGGAAGAAGUUGUACGAAUGUCAGGUCUGCAAUAGUGUCUUCAAUUGUUGGGACCAGUUUAAAGACCACCUGGUCCUUCACACGGGAGACAAGCCCAACCACUGCACGCUGUGUGAUGUGUGGUUUAUGCAAGGCAGCGAGUUAAGGAAACACCUGCGUGACAUCCAUAACAUCUCCGAGAGAAUAGUGACCGAGGUUGUCCUUCCAUCUGAAUCUGCAGAAUCCGAGUCCGUUUCUUCAAUGGCUUUUGUGGAGCAAGUAGAACAAGUCCAUGUGGUGCCAGUAGAUCAAGUCAUACAAGUGCAAGUGGAUCCUCCCCAGCUAACGGUAGGCCACUUGCACCAAGAUCUCUUGGAAGUGAACCAAGUGAAAGGCACGCACAUAUUGGAUCUACAGACACAAGUGCACAUGGGUCACAUAGAGGUGGAACACCUUCAGAUAGACCCUGGUACGGAGGUCCACGUUGAGGAAGUACAUGUUGAACAUGUAAAUCAGAUACAUUUGGAAGAGGUGGAGGCAGAACUUCUUGACGAGUCCAAUAUUCAGCACAUUGAACAUACUAUUGAAGAACAAUCCUGCCACUCUGAGGAAGCAGAACUUCAUCAAAUCGUCCACACAGGAGCCGAGAACUUACAAAUCAGGCAGAUGGAGAUGACACACAUAGAAGCUACAGCUGAGUAGGACACUGCACUGAGUGCCACUAAAAGAAACCGAUUUACUUAUGUUAUACAAGGCUGACUACCCAGAUACAUGUUGCGUUAAAAAGCAGUGUUUCGGCAGAUCAUGUAUGCAAGGGAACCCUUUACCCUUAGAAUUGAGGAGUUCAGCUGGAAAUCCAUUACUGUUCUCUGUAAUUAUACAGCGCUUAAUCCGUAAUGUAAAGCCAUUUAUUACGUUAUUAAAUUAGAUCCCCAAAAUAAUAAACAGAGGGACAUCAUUUAGUCACUGAGGCAAAAUACCUUCUGGUCUUUAAGUUAAAUGAAACUUUAAGUCCAAUUUUAAUAUUAUAACAUUUGCCUGCUCUUUAAUUUCUGCUGAUCGGAAUAAUAAAAGCAGUUUAUGCGCCUCCUCCCGGCAUGAUCUGCCGGUUAGAAGGGUGUGCUGGGAGUUGUAGUUUAACAACUGGAUCAAGUUGACUGCAUUAAAGAUUUAUUCUUCUAUUUCCAGAAAUGUUUAAAGAAUAGAAAACAAAACUUUGCUAACUUAGCCCCCCGAAAGCUUUCCUGCACCUCUCAGUACUAUUAUCUUUGUCUUUUAUCAGCCCCUUUCUGACACAUAACAAGUGAAAGGACCAAAGUGUCAGGAUCAGGAUUUCACAGUGUACUUAGAAAUCUGUCUUUGUCGGUCGUCCUGAAGGGAAGAGACAGCCAACUUUAUGAAAGCGUUUGUUGUAACAAGUGAGACAUGGGGGAGGGGAGGGGGGAGGGUUUCGGACCAGAAUGCAGUAUAGAGGACUCUUGCAGUUUGACAUUUUUAUAAUAUGCAAUUUAUUAGGACUAAAAGUUAUGACAAUUCUUCCAGGGCAUACUUCAGCCUAUGGUGCAGAUGGUCUGAUGCAUGCAUAUUAUAUAUAUAUAUAUAUAUAAUAUAUAAAGCUGACACGAACCCUUGUACACGGUGCAUAAUUUAUGUCUGGGACCUGUAGUAGCCAGCGUUAAACAACCAGGAUUCUUCCAAACUGCACAAAUGAAAUAUUUGUUUCCCUGUUCGUCCACUAGGGGGCACAGGAGAAAGCUAUGCUGUUUUACGUAUGUGUCUAUACUUGUACUUAUUUAUACACUCUUCACGUGCUUUAUUUUUGUUUGUUUUCAUUUUUUACUUUUUGCAUUUUUGGUCUUCAUUUUCUACAUCGUUGCUUGUUAAAAAAAAAAGAAAUCACUGCUCGGUUAUUAAAUUGUCCUCAAUGCACAUUAGGCAGAUAAAGAUAUAGGUUAUGUUAUUCAAUAAAUAAAAUUAGUAUUAUUUAUAUUGGGUAGGGAGACGUGACCUGAACUGGAGACAAAUCCUUCCUUGCCACUAAGCAUCCAUGAACAAUUCUACGUUCCAUUGCAUGUAAAUUAAAUACAGUGCUCCUGCUUUAUAGUUCAAGGAUAAAAUGUAUACCAAAACUCCAUUAUAGCGGGGGGAGCAUUAUAAAGUCUGUCUUUUAUAAUGGGUUUAGUGCACAUAUAACUUGCGGUUACAUUUUGCAGGAAGUCGUAUGCUGAUGGAGCACUAUAUUAUUUGGACAUUGCUUUAGAUUUAACAUAUGGAUUAAAGUCUACCUGUAGUCUGCACUUAAUGGGGGUCAUUCCGAGUUGAUCAUAGCUGUACUAAAUUUAGCACAGCUACGAUCAUUCACACUGACAUUCGGGGGGAGGGACGCCCCGCAUGUCAGUGCCGCCCCCCCCCCCCCCCCCCUCCCCCCCCACCCCGCAAAAGUGCAGCAUCGCACAGCGGCGAUGCCUUUGCACUUCAAGAGUAGUUCCCGAUCAGCGCAGCUUUAGCGUGCUGGCCGGGAGCUACUCAUCGCUCCCCGGCCCGCAACGGCUGCGUGUAACGUCACGCAGCCAGUCCGGCCACGCCUGUGUUGGCCAGACCACUCCCACGAAACGGCGUCCAAACACCGACGUUCUGCUCCCUCCCACCCAGCGAUCGCCUCUGCCAGUCAAUCAGACAGAGGCAAUCGCAGCCCUGCUAGGCCUUCGGCCGUCUGGCAUGCGCAGUAGAGACCCGUUCGUUCGGCUGCGACAAACAGCAGCGAGCGAACGGGUCAGAAUGAUCCCCAAUGUUGGCUGCCUCAACGUGCCUCAAUGAUGCCUAUAAUUCUUGUGGAAGUUGGCUCUCAGUUGUGAUUAGGUAACAGGUACACAUUAAACCUAAACCAUUGCUUUUCAUACGAUAUAGGCAGUACUGUUUUCUACCCUGUAAGAAUGAUGACACUGCGGUAGUUCCUGCAGGGCACGCCAAUACGUGCGCCCAUCCGUUUUCAUUAAAAAGUAUUGGAAACUUUU